GUGGGAGGGGGUGGCCUUGUCGGUCAGCUGAGGUCCCCGCAGGAGAGGCUGGGAGUUGAGGGGUCCGGUUCACAGAAAACGAGGUUUCAGUCACUGGCUGCGGUAUUGGGAGCAAGGGCAUCAUGUUUGAUCAGCGAUUGAGCAUCUCUAGCGGAUAAAUAUCUAAUUAUAGAUUUAUGGGACCAAAGGAGGAGGAGAAACUUUUCAAAUGUAUAAAGGAAUACACAUUCACAAAGAUAUCUGUGCCUUCUGAAGAGCAACAGAAAAUGACCAAGUCUCAGAUUGAACAGGAACGUCCUGUACAGAGAUUUGUGUCAUUCAAGGAUGUGACUGUGGACUUCACUUGGGAGGAGUGGCAGCAGCUGGAUUCUGCUCAAAGAAACCUGUACAGGGAUGUGAUGCUGGAGAACUAUAGCAACCUUGUCUCAGUGGGGUAUCAGUAUCUGAAGUCAGAUGUAGUCUUAUUGAAGCAAGGAGAACCAUGGAUGGAGGGGGGAGAAAUCUCAAAUUGGGCCUAUCCAGACUUUGAAACUGGAAUGAAAGAAUUAACAACACAGAAGAGCAUUUCUGAAGAAGUGGUACUCCAUAACAUGAUUGUAUACUCAACCUUUGGAGACUGGAAACUUGAAGAUGAGAUAAAUCACCAGGAAAACCAGGACAAUUUUUUGAACCAAGUUGCAUUCAUUAACAACAAGCCCCUGACUGAAGAGAUAGAUUGUGAAUGUAACAGUGCACUGGGGAAAGGAAUUCAUCUGAACAGAACAUCUAGUGAACGCAACAGAGCCUUCAUGCAAAAGCCACACCUUUUUGCACAGCCGAAAAUUCUAACCAGUGAGAAAUUAUAUAAAUGUGUUCAGUGUGGGAAAGCCUUCAGUGGAAAGUCGGGACUUAUUGUACAUCAGAGAAUUCAUACUGGAGAGAAACCAUACAAAUGUAAUGAAUGUGAAAAAGCCUUUAUUCAGAAGUCACAACUCACUGUACAUUAGAGAACUCAUACAGGAGAGAAACCCUAUGAAUGUAAUGAAUGUGGGAAAGCAUUCAUCCAGAAGUCAAACCUCAUUAUUCAUCAGAGGAUUCACACAGGGGAAAAACCAUAUGAAUGCAAUAAAUGUGGGAAAGCUUUCAUUAAGAAAUCAACACUUAGUGUUCAUCAAAGAGCUCAUACUGGGGAGAAACCAUAUGAAUGUAGUGACUGUGGGAAAGCCUUCAUCUGGCAGUCACAGCUCAUUGUACAUCAGAGAAUUCAUACUGGGGAGAAACCCCAUGGAUGUAAUGAAUGUGGAAAAGCCUUCAACAGGAAGUCAGAACUAAGUGUACAUCACAGAAUUCACACUGGGGAGAAACCCUUUGAGUGUAAUGAAUGUAAAAAAGCCUUCAUUCAAAAGUCAGAUCUCAUUGUACAUCAGAGAACUCACACUGGGGACAAAAGGUAUCAAUGCAAUGAUUGUGGGAAAGCCUUCAUCCGGAGCUCACAGUUCAUUGAACAUCAGAGAAUUCAUACUGGGGAGAAACCCUAUGAAUGCAGUGAAUGCAGAAAAGCUUUUAUCCAGAAAUCACAACUCAUUGUGCAUCAAAGAAUCCAUACUGGGAUGAAGCCAUAUGAAUGCAUUGAGUGUGGAAAAGCCUUUAGUAAGAAGUCACACCUCACUGUGCAUCAUAGAAUACAUACUGGAGAAAAACCCUAUGAAUGUAGUAAUUGUAGAAAAGCUUUCAGCAAGAAAUCUACUCUCAUUGUUCAUCAGAGAAUUCAUAUUGAACACAAAUCCUUUUAAUGGAAUGAGAAAACUUUGAUUCAGCAAUCAAAGUUUCAUCACACAUCAUAGAAUUCAUUAAGCCUAAAAAUUCUAUGAAUGUACUAAACUUGAGAAGCCUUCAACAAUAGCUCCCAAACUAUUAAGCACCAAAAAUAAAUACCAAGAAACAACUUUGAGAAAUCAUGUUUCCAAAAAAAAAAUUACAUUGGACAUCUUGGUUCAGGCCUAAUACUAAAAGUUUUUUUUAAGUAUGAUAGAAAAAUCUCAACCACAUGUGAUUGACUUGUUCACUGUGUAGUACAAAUUUUUUAAAUGAGUGAGUAUAGUUGGCAUUUGAGCAACAUGGGUUAGGGGCACCAUUGCCCUAUGCAGUUGAAAAUUCAUGUUUAACUUAACUCUCCAAAAACUUAACUAAUAAAUGGCCUCCUACUAUUGACUGGAAACCUUACUGGUAACAUAACCAUUGAUUAACACGUUUUUAUAUUAUAUGUAUUGUAUAUUGUAUUCUUACAAUUAAGUAAGCUAUAAAAAAGAAAAUGUUAUUAAGAAGUCAUAAGGGGGUGCCUAUGGGUCUCAGUCA